UGUUUCAGUUGUCAUCAUCAGCCUUAUGGCUGGAAGUGGCAGGCGGAAGAGUAUUGAUUGUACUUUAUACAACGCUGCAAUCGAAGGCAAUUUCGAUGCAUUCAAUCAUGUCCAAAACAUUGAGCAUCUACUCACUCCAAACAAUAACAGCAUCCUUCAUCUACACUUAACAUCUGCAAUCACUAUACCAACUCAAACUGUUUCCCCACCCCAACCGUUGUUUUCUCUUCUAAACAAAAGAUGCGAAAGAUCAACUGUUUCCGAAGAUUUUGUGAAGAAGGUUCUGGAUAAAUGUGGAGGCCAGGUUCUAAUCGCCAACGCCAAGGGAGAAACUCCACUUCAUCUGGCAGCAAGGUACGGACAUUCGGCCGUAACAAAAUUGUUGAUAGAGAGUGCCAAGAGUUUUCAUGAUGACAUUGAAGCUGGGAGAAGAGCAGAGAAAGAGCUUAUGAGAGCAAAAUCCAAGACUGGUGACACUGCAUUGCAUGAGGCAGUGCGCCAUAACCACAUUGAAGUAGUGGACAUAUUGUUGAAUCUUGAUAAAUCUAUUAAUAAUGUUGCUAACAAUGAGAAUGAAACACCGCUCUAUAUAGCUUCCGAGAGAAAAUAUAAGAGAACUGUGGAUAAGAUAUUAGUGAAAGUGGAAUCACCAGCAUAUGAAGGCCCCAACGAUCGAACAGCAUUGCAGGCAGCUGUGAUUAACAGUGACAUAGGAAUGGUAAAAGACCUUAUGAAGAACGAACAUGUAAGAAGCGCCAUCAAACAUGCGGAUGGAAGAAAAGGUUGGAUUCCUCUUCAUUAUGCAGUAAAAGAUGGAAACACAGAUUUGACAACAUUAUUGCUGAAUGAAGAUAGGAACACAGACACAGCAUACAUGCAAGAUAAGGAAGGUAGAACUGCCUUUCACAUUGCAGCAUAUUUUGGGCACGAGGAAAUCGUGGACACAUUUGUAAAACACUACCAAGGUUGUUCAGAAAUAGUAGACAACAAAGGUUGGAACGUUCUUCAUUAUGCUGUGAAAGGAGGAUCUUCACAUAUAGUUGCUAAAAUAAUGAGAAAGUUGUCGCUGAGUCACCUUUAUAAUGAGAAGGAUAUUUAUGGAGAUACACCUCUCCAUCACCUUGCAAGUUCUCGGAUUCAGAGUAGGGAGUUGGUGUAUCAUAACCGAGUGGACAGACUUGCUUUGAACAAGAAUGACCAAACGGCCCUUGAUGUUGCUUAUGCUAUUGCUGAGGAUGCUGAUAGAGUAUUGACCAAAAAAAGGUUGAUAAUGCAAUUAGAAAAAGCUGGAGGUAUAGGAAGUCAACAUUUAGAUGAAAGGGAUAGACUAGGAAAGGGUACCAAAAAGUUAGAAUUCACGAAAGAAGCAAAGGAAUCACAUCUUAUAGUGGCCACUCUAAUUGCAACAGUGACAUUUGCAGCUGCAUUUACCUUACCCGGAGGUACAGAACAAGAUGGUGAUCAUAAGGGUAGUCCUAUAUUAGGACACAAACCUUCUUUCAAAGCAUUCAUUGUAUCCAACACCAUAUCUUUAGUUAUGGCUGCUUCUGCAGCUUUCAUACAUCUCUUUUCGCCGCUAAACAAAGCUAAGUGGUUGGACUAUUACUUCUCUGAAGUGGCAUUCUCCUUCACAUUGGUGGCUAUAGCAACAAUGAUUGUAGCAUUUGGAACAGGAACAUUUGCUGUUUUGGGAUCUUCUCCUGUUGGUAUUGCGGCUAUUAUUGUUGGAUUGUCGUUCUUCUUUGUCUUCAGGCAAGUGUUGCAAAUGAGUUUUGGAGGGGAAUCUUUUUUCACGUUUGUUAUGAACUUAGUGAAUGCAAUUAUUUUUCCGUUCAUUAGAUUUACACCUAGACCAUUUGGGUUCUUCAUACUUUUCUUCAAAAGAUCAGAUGAACCUAAAAUCAUAUAGUGUUUCUAGAUUUAUGUAUAAAGCACUUAAAUUAGUGGCUUUCAUUUUUCUCUUGGGGCUUGAAUUUGUU